GAAAAUUUUGAUUUCCAAAGUUAUUAUCGACAAAUUUACGCCAAACCUCACCAUUAGAACUUUAUCAAUUCUACUGGAAGACUGUCAUCAUGUCUAAAAUCACAGUCGCCGGAGUGCGUACCAACGUACAAAGUCUUCUUGAGUACUCUCUCGAGACCAAGAAGAGAAACUUCCUCGAGACCGUCGAGCUCCAAAUCGGCCUCAAGAACUAUGAUCCCCAACGUGACAAGCGUUUCUCCGGAACCGUCCGUCUCCCAGUCGUUCCCCGCCCAAACAUGAGCAUCUGCAUUCUCGGUGACCAACACGAUAUCGAUCGUGCCAAGCACGGUGGUGUUGACGCCAUGUCCGCUGAUGACUUGAAGAAGCUCAACAAGAACAAGAAGUUGAUCAAGAAGCUCGCACGCAAGUACGAUGCUUUCGUCGCUUCCGACACCUUGAUCAAGCAAAUUCCCCGUCUCUUGGGUCCCGGUCUUUCCAAGGCUGGUAAAUUCCCAACCCCAGUCUCCCACAACGAAGAUCUUAGCGGUAAGAUCAACGAAGUCAAGUCCACCAUCAAGUUCCAAUUGAAGAAGGUCUUGUGUAUGGGUGUUGCUGUCGGAAACGUCGAGAUGACUGAGGACCAAUUGAUCUCCAACAUCAUGUUGUCUAUCAACUACCUCGUCUCUUUGUUGAAGAAGGGAUGGCAAAACGUUGGCAGCUUGACCAUCAAGGCAUCUAUGUCUCCACCCAAGCGCCUCUACUAGAUUACCCUUCUCUUUACUGAGCAAGUGGUAUGCAGUGGGAUCAUUGCGAGUAAUUAAGUAAAUAAAAAAAAACUCAAUACAAGCAAUGAACGUUCUACAGCCAAAUACAUUUUUAUUUUACUGAGUGAUAUCGAGGUUUGAGAUGACGAACAACUUGCGAUUGAAUGUAUACAUUAUGAUGGCUAUUGUGACUAUUAACACAUGUUUGAUCUCAUAGUUUCUUUUAUCUCUCUGAAUCUAUUCAUUAUGAUUGCUAUUAUGAUUAUAUUGAUACAUAAUUGACUUAUACAUAAUUGACCUCACA